GUGGUUGAGCCGUACAACGCGACAUUAUCUGUUCAUCAACUGGUGGAAAAUACCGACGAGACUUUCUGUAUCGAUAAUGAGGCUCUCUAUGACAUCUGCUUCCGCACUCUGAAACUGACUACACCAACCUACGGAGAUCUCAAUCAUCUGGUGUCAAUGACAAUGAGCGGAGUAACCACGUGUUUACGGUUCCCUGGACAGGUAGAUAUGGCAUUACUUGUCUUGAAUGCCUGCUGUGGACAGCGAGUGUUGACGUCUGUGAUUGGUGAACACUCAGAGGCGCCAAUGACAAGCAGUGCACCGUGGUCUCCUAAGGCCUACGUUUACAGCGGACAUCUCACAUUUACAUCAUGA